AGGGUUUGGUGUAUUGCCUCAAUGAGAAAAAAGAAGAAAUUUUCCUAUAUUAACUUUGUUCCUUGUUACGCAAGUUUGCUUAGAACAAAAUGGCCCAUCAUCAACCUCGGUUGUUUCAUUUUCUCCUUGUAACACAAACCCUUCGUGAAGCAAGAAAUCUGAAGUGGGCUUUUGUGUAGAGUCUGGCCCAAGUAACUUUAUGAAUAGCUUGCUCGAACACGUUCCAAGCAUUUGUCAAUCGCAUUGUAUUGUCAUGUGUUCUCUGAUUCCUCAUGGAAAAAGGUUGGUCCAGUUUCAAAAAUGGUGUAAUUUGAGUGUUACAGUGAACCUUUUUCAAAAUGGAUCUGCUUUUUCCAAUUCCUUCUCCUCUGUUGCUAGUUCUGCUGAUGUGAGAUCAAGAGAUGGUCGAAAAGGUAACAACUUUACAGUCUCUUACCUCGUUGAUUCAUUGGGUUUAACCACAAAGCUCGCAGAAUCGAUUUCAAGUAAGGUCAGUUUCGAGAACAAGGGCAAUCCUGAUUCUGUUCUGAAUCUUUUGAGAAGUCAUGGGUUCACAGUUUCUCAGAUCUCCAGCAUCAUUACGGAUUAUCCACUAUUGCUCAUAGCAGACGCUGAGAGUUCCCUUGGUCCCAAGCUUAAGUUGCUGCAGUCAAAAGGAGCUUCAAGCUCUGAGCUCACAGAGAUUGUUUCUAAAGUUCCUAAAAUCUUAGCAAUGAAAGGGGACAAAAGUAUCAGCAGAUACUAUGAUAUCGUCAAAGAGAUUGUAGAAGCGGAUAAGAGUUCCAAGUUCGAAAAGUUGUGUCAUUCUUUGCCAGAGGGUAGUAAGCAGGAGAAUAAAAUCAGAAAUGUAUUGGUUUUGAGAGAAUUGGGCGUGCCUCAAAGGUUGUUAUUCUCAUUGCUCAUCUCUAAUCACCAUGUCUGCUGUGGAAAAGAAAAAUUUGAAGAAUCACUCAAGAAAGUUGUUGGGAUGGGUUUUGAUCCGACCACCCCAAAGUUUGUGGAAGCCUUAUGCAUUGUUUACGGAUUGAGCGACAAAAGACUAGAAGAAAACUUCAACGUCUAUAAAAGGUUCGGCUUAACUGUAAACGAUAUAUGGGAACUUUUCAAGAAGUGCCCUGCCUUUCUUGGAUACUCAGAGAAUAGGAUAAUUCAGACAUUUGAAGCCUUAAAGAGGUGUGGUCUGUGCGAAGAUGAGGUCUUAUCAGUGUUCAAGAAGUAUCCAUUAUGCUUACGUGCUUCAGAGCAGCAGAUAUUGAACUCAAUGGAAACAUUUAUAGGCUUAGGAUUUAGCAGAGAUGAGUUUGUGAUGAUGGUCAAGUGCUAUCCUCAGUGCAUUGGGUAUUCUGCAGAGAUGGUGAAGAAGAAGACUGAGUUUGUGGUGAAGAAGAUGAAUUGGCCACUAAAGGUCAUGACUUUGUUCCCUCAGGUACUUGGAUACAGCAUGGAGAAGAGGAUUGUCCCAAGGUGUAACGUAAUCAAAGCUCUCAUGUCCAAAGGAUCGCUUGGAAGUGAACUCCCUCCAAUGGCGUCUGUUUUGGCAUGUACCGAUCAGACCUUCUUAAACAGGUAGCUUAAAAACUGUAACUUUCCUGUGGUUGAUAUGAUAAAUCAAAAGAGCUUUGGAAGACAUGUUAUGUAUUCGUAGAGAAUUGCAGUCAAGAGAACAAGUGUAUUUACAUGGUUCCUAAAUUUAGAGCUCUAAAUCUUCAUAUAGAUUAGUUUGGCUCUUUCUACAUAUAUACAGAAGAUGUUUUGCAUGCAAUGUAUUAUUAUCUCAAUAAAACAAAAGUUAAGAG